AUGGAUCAAAUAAUGUCUUGUCGUAACGGUGAGAGUCGUACGUUUUACCUCGUAACCGAAUGGCAGCGAGGAGGCACCGGCAUGUCGCCAUUCAUUCCUGUUGUCGUCCUGACAAAUAUGCAGCCUACCAUUGCUCAGCAUAAUGGUCAGCAACCCAUGGAUAUGCGAGGUCAACGGAUGGCGAAAGACGUGGCGGAAAUCACAGAAGAUGCAGACAGAUGGGCGAAGGCUGAUGUCAUGCUCGCUGUUCGUAUAAAACUACUUAACCUUGUCACUGAGGUCAAGUGCGACGUUGUGGACAGACCUCAGGCAACAAUCGACGGUGCAAGUCGCGACGCGGCAACGCUGCUGAUGAUCCCCUUUAGCAGCGGUGCUGCGGUUCACUGGCCGGGUAAAAAUGCGACCGGUAGAAGUCCGCGUCUCCCGGCACAAACGUAG